CAGGAACCGACUGUGCUAAGGCUGUUGGCUCAACACGCAGAGGAGACAGGGGCAGACCCAGGGAGAGUGAGAGAAGGGGGUCCUCUCUGACCCAAGGAAUUACCACUAGUGGAGUGAAGCCACCUGACUUUUUGAUCUUAUUUUGGUUACCUCCUCAUUCUCCUUCCACCCGUAGCCCUGACAGCUUGGGUUUCAUUUCUUUCGUGAAGCCUUGUCUCUUCCUCCUAGAAAAGGAGGAACGGAAGAGAAGGGAAAGAGGUGGGCUCUCUAGGUGAGCGCAUCAGCUGGCUUCAACCUGAGCAGACAAGAAUUUUCUUCCCAGGAAGCUCCUCUCGCUCCCCGGCCGCCCACCCCCAGCCUGGGUGGCUAUAUCAUUUUAACUUCAUAGAGGGCAGAUUUCUUUUGGAAUUAGGAUUAAAGAACGUGCAGUAAAGAGAAAACAUCGAGGACACCAUCACGAAAGAUUCCCACAACUCCAUGCUGUGUGCUGCAGGCUGGUCCUGAACCCAGAUCUCUGGCUGAGAGGAUGGGGGCAGAUGGGGAAACAGUGGUUCUGAAGAACAUGCUCAUUGGCGUCAACCUGAUCCUUCUGGGCUCCAUGCUCAAGCCUUCGGAGUGUCAACUGGAGGUCACCACAGAAAGGGUCCAGAGACAGUCAGUGGAGGAGGAAGGAGGCAUUGCCAACUACAACACAUCUAGCAAAGAACAGCCUGUGGUCUUCAACCACGUGUACAACAUUAACGUGCCCCUGGACAGCCUCUGCUCCUCGGGGCUAGAGGCCUCUGCUGAGCAGGACGUGAGCGCAGAAGACGAGACUGUGGCAGAGUACACGGGCCAGACCUCAGACCACGAGAGCCAGGUCACCUUUACACACAGGAUCAACCUCCCCAAAAAGGCCUGCCCAUGUGCCAGUUCGGCCCAGAUGCUGCAGGAGCUGCUGAGCCGGAUCGAGAUGCUGGAGAGAGAGGUGUCAGUGCUGCGAGACCAGUGCAACGCCAACUGCUGCCAAGAAAGUGCUGCCACAGGACAACUGGACUAUAUCCCUCACUGCAGUGGCCACGGCAACUUUAGCUUUGAGUCCUGUGGCUGCAUCUGCAACGAAGGCUGGUUUGGCAAGAACUGCUCGGAGCCCUACUGCCCGCUGGGUUGCUCCAGCCGGGGGGUGUGUGUGGAUGGCCAGUGCAUCUGUGACAGCGAGUACAGCGGGGAUGACUGUUCCGAACUCCGGUGCCCAACAGACUGCAGUUCCCGGGGGCUCUGCGUGGACGGGGAGUGUGUCUGUGAAGAGCCCUACACUGGCGAGGACUGCAGGGAACUGAGGUGCCCCGGGGACUGUUCGGGGAAGGGGAGAUGUGCCAACGGUACCUGUUUAUGCGAGGAGGGCUACGUUGGUGAGGACUGCGGCCAGCGGCAGUGUCUGAAUGCCUGCAGUGGGCGAGGACAAUGUGAGGAGGGGCUCUGCAUCUGUGAAGAGGGCUACCAGGGCCCUGACUGCUCAGCAGUUGCCCCUCCAGAGGACUUGCGAGUGGCUGGUAUCAGCGACAGGUCCAUUGAGCUGGAAUGGGACGGGCCGAUGGCAGUGACGGAAUAUGUGAUCUCUUACCAGCCGACGGCCCUGGGGGGCCUCCAGCUCCAGCAGCGGGUGCCUGGAGAUUGGAGUGGUGUCACCAUCACGGAGCUGGAGCCAGGUCUCACCUACAACAUCAGCGUCUACGCUGUCAUUAGCAACAUCCUCAGCCUUCCCAUCACUGCCAAGGUGGCCACCCAUCUCUCCACUCCUCAAGGGCUACAAUUUAAGACGAUCACAGAGACCACCGUGGAGGUGCAGUGGGAGCCCUUCUCAUUUUCCUUUGAUGGGUGGGAAAUCAGCUUCAUUCCAAAGAACAAUGAAGGGGGAGUGAUUGCUCAGGUCCCCAGUGAUGUUACAUCCUUUAACCAGACGGGACUAAAGCCUGGGGAAGAAUACAUUGUCAAUGUGGUGGCUCUGAAAGAACAGGCCCGAAGCCCCCCUACCUCGGCCAGUGUCUCCACAGUCAUUGACGGCCCCACGCAGAUCCUGGUUCGAGACGUCUCUGACACCGUGGCUUUUGUGGAGUGGAUCCCCCCUCGAGCCAAAGUCGAUUUCAUUCUCUUGAAAUAUGGCCUGGUGGGCGGGGAAGGCGGGAGGACCACCUUCCGGCUGCAGCCUCCCCUGAGCCAAUACUCAGUGCAGGCCCUGCGGCCCGGCUCCCGCUACGAGGUGUCAGUCAGUGCUGUCCGAGGGACCAACGAGAGUGAUUCUGCCACCACUCAGUUCACAACAGAGAUUGAUGCCCCCAAGAACUUGCGAGUUGGUUCUCGCACAGCAACCAGCCUUGACCUCGAGUGGGAUAACAGUGAGGCCGAAGUUCAGGAGUACAAGGUUAUAUACAGCACCCUGGCGGGUGAGCAAUAUCAUGAGGUACUGGUCCCCAAGGGCAUUGGUCCAACCACCAGGACCACCCUGACAGAUCUGGUACCUGGCACUGAGUAUGGAGUUGGAAUAUCUGCCAUCAUGAACUCACAACAAAGCGUACCAGCCACCAUGAAUGCCAGGACUGAACUUGACAGUCCCCGAGACCUCAUGGUGACAGCCUCCUCCGAGACCUCCAUCUCCCUCAUCUGGACUAAGGCCAGUGGACCCAUUGAUCACUACCGAAUUACCUUUACCCCAUCCUCUGGGAUCGCCUCAGAAGUCACUGUACCCAAGGACAGGACCUCGUACACAUUGACAGAUCUAGAGCCUGGGGCAGAGUACAUCAUUUCCAUCACUGCUGAGAGGGGUCGGCAGCAGAGCUUGGAGUCCACUGUGGAUGCUUUCACAGGCUUCCGUCCCAUUUCUCAUCUGCACUUUUCUCAUGUGACCUCCUCCAGUGUGAACAUCACUUGGAGUGACCCAUCUCCCCCAGCAGACAGACUUAUUCUGAACUACAGCCCCAGGGAUGAGGAAGAAGAGAUGACAGAGGUCUCCCUGGAUGCCACCAAGAGGCAUGCUGUCCUGAUGGGCCUGCAACCAGCCACAGAGUAUAUUGUGAACCUUGUGGCAGUCCAUGGCACAGUGACCUCUGAGCCCAUUGUGGGCUCCAUCACCACAGGAAUUGAUCCCCCAAAAGACAUCACAAUUAGCAAUGUGACCAAGGACUCAGUGAUGGUCUCCUGGAGCCCUCCUGUUGCAUCUUUUGAUUACUACCGAGUAUCAUAUCGACCCACCCAAGUGGGACGAUUAGACAGCUCAGUGGUGCCCAACACUGUGACAGAAUUCACCAUCACCAGACUGUACCCAGCUACCGAAUACGAAAUCAGCCUCAACAGCGUGCGGGGCAGGGAGGAAAGCGAGCGCAUCUGUACUCUCGUGCACACAGCCAUGGACAACCCUGUGGAUCUGACUGCUACCAACAUCACUCCAACAGAAGCCCUGCUGCAGUGGAAGGCGCCAGUGGGUGAGGUGGAGAACUACGUCAUUGUUCUCACACACUUUGCAGUUGCUGGAGAGACCAUCCUGGUUGACGGAGUCAGUGAGGAAUUUCGGCUUGUUGACCUGCUUCCUAGCACCCACUAUACUGCCACCAUGUAUGCCACCAAUGGGCCUCUCACCAGUGGCACCAUCAGCACCAACUUCUCUACUCUCCUGGACCCUCCAGCAAACCUGACAGCCAGUGAAGUCACCAGACAAAGUGCCCUGAUCUCCUGGCAGCCUCCCAGGGCAGAGAUUGAAAAUUAUGUCUUGACCUACAAAUCCACCGAUGGAAGCCGCAAGGAGCUGAUUGUGGAUGCAGAAGACACCUGGAUUCGACUGGAGGGCCUGUUGGAGAACACAGACUACACGGUGCUCCUGCAGGCAGCACAAGAUACUGUGUGGAGCAGCAUCACCUCCACCGCCUUCACCACAGGGGGCCGGGUGUUCCCUCAUCCUCAAGACUGUGCCCAGCAUUUGAUGAAUGGAGACACUUUGAGUGGGGUUUACCCCAUCUUCCUCAAUGGGGAGCUGAGCCAGAAGUUACAAGUGUACUGUGAUAUGACCACCGACGGGGGCGGCUGGAUUGUAUUUCAGAGGCGGCAGAAUGGCCAAACUGAUUUUUUCCGGAAAUGGGCUGAUUACCGUGUUGGCUUCGGGAACCUGGAGGAUGAGUUCUGGCUGGGGCUGGACAACAUACACAGGAUCACAUCCCAGGGCCGCUAUGAGCUGCGCGUGGAUAUGCGUGAUGGCCAGGAGGCCGCCUUCGCCUCCUACGACAGGUUCUCUGUUGAGGACAACAGAAACCUUUACAAACUCCGCAUAGGAAGCUACAACGGCACUGCGGGGGACUCCCUCAGCUAUCAUCAAGGACGCCCUUUCUCUACAGAGGAUAGAGACAAUGAUGUUGCAGUGACCAACUGUGCCAUGUCAUACAAGGGAGCGUGGUGGUAUAAGAACUGCCACCGGACCAACCUCAAUGGGAAGUACGGGGAGUCCAGACACAGUCAGGGCAUCAACUGGUACCAUUGGAAAGGACAUGAGUUCUCCAUCCCCUUUGUGGAAAUGAAGAUGCGCCCCUACAGUCACCGUCUCAUGGCAGGAAGAAAACGGCAGUCCUUACAGUUCUGAGCAGUGGGUGGCUGCGAGCCAACCAAUCUUCUCUGUCAUUUGUUUGUAUUUUAUAAUAUGAAACAAGGGGGGAGGGUAAUAGCAAUGUGUUUUGCCACAUAUUAAGAGUAUGUGAAGGAAGCAGGGUUGUGGCAGGAAUCCUUUGGCUACCAUCUGCUCUUGGUUUCUGCUGCCCUGGAGCCUGACUCUCAGUCUCCAUUCUCCCUCCUACCCAGUCCUCCUCAACCUUCACCUCCUUUCCCACCAAGGAGGAGAUGUAGGAAGUUUUCUUAAAGGGCCAAUUCAAAGUGCAGAUUGUUAUGGUGACAGGCACAUACCUUUUUCUAUCCUUCUUCUGAGAUGUCCUCCACCUUCCAGGUAUUUGUGAUUUUGUCACAGCCUGACAUGGCCACGUUCUCACAUUGGCCCACAAGAAAGAGCCUCAGCAAGAGAGGUUUGCCAACAAUUCCCCUUAAGAGGAAACAGAUCAACUGUACCCCAUCCCAGCAACCCAGGUUCUUUUCCCUUUCUUUCUUUCUUCCUUCCUUCCUUCCUUC